AUACUUUAUAAGUUUAUAUGAAAACAUUUACACUUCUCUUCAUUCAGUUAAUACUUUACUACACUAAAACCUCGGGAUGAAAAUCUCAAUCGUUUUUAUCUUAAUCUACGUCAUCUCUUCAUCCUGGUGUCAAGAUGAGGCAGUGUUCCACUGCUCUCCCAAGCCGGGUUGCCAGAUCGCACAAUGUGAUCCUGUUGCUGUAGGAUGGAGCAGACCAGGCUUCAACAUUGAUGAACAUCUGCAAAACAAGGAAUUUCCGAUUACGUGCAAAUCUAAGAAUACGGCUCAACCUCAGAAUGCCGUCAAUCUGUUUCCUUUAGUAUCCAGGAAUACUUUAGAUAUUGGGAGUAUCAAAUCAGAAUUCAAAGAAUUGGAAGAAAACGUUGAUGAAAAAAUGAAAAACAUCCAUGGUUUGAAUAAAGAAAUUUCAAAAAUUCGAGAGAUACAGAGCGAAAAUACAAGGCUAUCUGCCGAAAUCGUUGACCUAAAGCAGAGCCGUAAAGAACAAUCAGUUGAAAUCAAGGAAUUGAAAAAAGGUUUGUGUGAUGAUUUUUAACAUCACACCUGAUUUAGUGAAAUAGGAAUUCUUUUUCUGUGUGAACUCGACAAAGUGGGCGCUGUUG